UGGGAAAUAUCCCAGAUGACAGGUCUACAUGCAGGCAAGACCAUCUAAUGGUUUAUAGAUAGUCUAAAGAUAGAAGUAUGUAGUGUUAUUUAUAAAUGUGUCUGGCGUACUGAGAACAACAGGAUGUUAUUCUGACUGGGAAGUCUAUACAUGUGGAUUUAAUGGCAUGGAAAACAAAUGUGGAUAUUGCAACAAGAAAACUCUAAGUCUCCGGCGGUGUUCGGCAUGUCAGGACGUGUACUACUGCUCCACCGUAUGUCAGCGUGAAGAUUGGAGAGGUCAGCACAAGGUCAAGUGUAAAGAGAUUCAAAAAUGGAAUGAAACCGAAAGCGCAAAACAAACUCCUGACGACAUCCCAUUUGCUCCAACAAAUGAAAAUGGAACCGGAACUGUUUUAUACCCAUCCGAACCAGCACAUGGGAUUCCGCAUGAACAGUUUAUGGACUUUAUGAGACAGGAUAAAGAUACUUUCCAUUUUUUGCAUGAUAGAGUAACCGGCCGUUUUCAUACUUUUAAGGCCGAUACCAGAGAACACAGAAAUGAGGACGACAAAGAUGGUACUCGAUACAAAACAUGUUCCGUAUGUGGUAAAACGAACGCUUCCGUAAAAACCUGUGGUCGGUGCAAGAAGGUAGAUUAUUGUUCCAAAGAGUGUCAAAAGAAAGAUAGAAAAUCACACAAACUUCAAUGUAAAGAAACGAAAGAGGAGGUCUUUGAUACUAUAACAACAGAUGGUUAUCGCCGAGAAGCGAACGCAUUCGCAUCAGCGAAGUCAACGAGCACACACGAUGACGCUUCUCAUUUCUUCCAUCCUAUGCCAGGAGCACCAGACCUAUCACGACGGUCCUUCGCUACACCAGGUGCGCUUCACAAAGCCAAGAGUCUGGCCUGGAAGGCCUUUCCUGGCUGUACUAUCUUGGACUUUGUCCGGGAGAUCCCACCCGAGCUGUUCGGGAUGAGGCCACGUGGUACCUCCAGAGUUGCUGUUGGGUUUAUAUCGCGGUUUCAUCAAUAUAUGAUGCGACACUGCAUUUUCCUACAGGACAAAGAUGGCGAUGAGGUAUAUGUAGGGUUUUACCUGGAGCGUGACGAUCCUCGACCCUACUUCUGGUGGGAAUGACGUAGUUCCGGGAAGAUACAUAUGUAUAGAAGAUCCUUACAUCCACCCGUUCAUAGACGGCUCUGUUGGAAUCCGAGUAGACGACCCUGCCGCCGUUCGGGUGUUCUCGGUUUAAUUAUGUUAUUUUGAGCUAAUCAUUGUUGUACGUCUUGUAAUACCUAUAGGCAUUAUUACAGUGAUUCUACUACCGUAUAACUGUUUAAUCAAUCUUAAAUGUGUAUUGUUUAUCUCUGUCCCUGGAAUUGUUACUUUAGCUUCCAUGCUAAAUGAAAUAAAGAUAAAUAAUGUUUAAUCUU